UUAAGGAUUCACUGGUGAUUAUGCCAAGAAUUUUUCAGGAGAUGUUUUCCAAUGUGGCAUUUUUUGGAGUUCUUUAUUUUACAAUCGUUACCUCUUGUUUGGGUUUCUGUAAUUUAAGUUGGCUCAAAACAAAUUCAAGUCAAUCAUCAACGUACAUAUACGAACAUUUUAAGCCUAAAGUACGUUUGACAGCAGAAAAAGCAGUAGAUGGAAGAUUCCUUAAUCAUACAUUAGGUGAAUGUGCAGGAACAAAAAUUAAAAAAACUGAGGAAGUGUGGUGGACGAUUUCUCUACCGGAAUUGUCUAACAUUUAUAAAAUAAAUCUGAUGUUCAGAGAGAAUUUAACACGUCAUAAUAAAUACAAGGUCUUCAUCGACAUAAAGGAUAUAACAAUUAGGAAUCAGAAAGGGAUGACCCCCGUGUACCACGAUGAGGAUCAGGAACCGAGUUCCCAGUUUAUAAUGAUCUUUCCUGUUGGUAUUAUAGGCAAAAACAUGAUGAUAUACAAAAGAGAUGCCAUUAAAACGAAAGAUAAUAUUUUGGACAUAUGUGAGGUCGAGAUAUGGGGUUGUUUAAAUCACUCCAACGAGAAAAACUGCACAUGUUCUAAAGAUGAAAAUGAAACCUUUGUUCCACAAGAAAUGCUUACAUCGGUAGUUGCCUGGCCACACUUUCCCAAUAACUUAACUUUGAAAUGUCACAAGGGUAAUGUAGUUUUGCAAAAUUAUAAAGACCAAUGUGAAUUCAAGCCAAAGUGUGUUUUAGAAUACCGGAACCAAUCCAUCCUAUUCUUUUGUUCUGCUUGCAAAGAGGUCGCUUACAACGGAGAUACGGUUUAUGAGCGAAACCCCCGACCUUUCUACACACUGAACGUUGGAGAUAACGUCACAUACACCUGUAAAACAGGACAUAGACUUGUAGCUGGAAAUCUUACCAGAAUUUGUCAGGAAAACGGUUCAUGGAGUGGAGAAGAACCGAUUUGCAAACCUUGUACAGUGGCCACGUUUAAUGCUAACACUACACACGCAGAGUAUUUUCAACCAAACGACACAUUGAACGUUGGAGAUAACGUCACAUACACCUGUAAAACAGGCUAUAGACUUGCCGCUGGAAAUCUCACCAGAAUUUGUCAGGAAAACGGUUCAUGGAGUGGAGAAGAACCGGUUUGCAAACCUUGUACGGUGGCCACAUUCAAUGCUAGCACUACAGACGCACAUUAUUUUCAACCAAACGACACACUGAACGUUGGAGGUAAUGUCACAUACACCUGCAAAAGAGGCCAUAGACUUGCUGCUGGAAAUCUCACCAGAUUUUGCCAGGAAAACGGUUCAUGGACAGGAGAAGAACCGUAUUGCAAAAGAUGCAAAUGCUCUUGUAAAAGAUUAGCAUCACAGAAUUUCAUCAAAGAUCCAAUUGUCCUUCAACAGAGAAUUGAGGAAAUCAAAAAAUUCCUGGCGGUGAAUAGAUCUGAGUUAUCUGCCUAUAAGAGGAAGAAGAUAUCAAGCUAUGACGGACGUGCCUCCUCUACCGGAAUAGGGAUGACUCUGGGGGUAGGGGUGAUAACCUUCGUUAUUGGCGCCAUCGUCUGUAGUGAUCUUCUCACGUGCCGGGCAAGAAGACGAAGAAGAGCGCCCCGUAAAGCGUGACUUUGCGUACCGUGGAACACCUUACGAAGUGGAACAGGCACUGAAGCUUAUUUUUUUUUAAAGUUUUUUUUAUUUGUUUUUUCUAUAACAACAUAUGUAUUGUUGAUUACGUGAAAUGAUCUUUUUUUGGUUAGAUUAU